AUUCCUUUCGUAACCUUAAAACCAAAGGUGUGAAAUAACGACAUUGGGCAUACGGUAAAACUACCAUGGCCAAUCUCGGGAAGACUGUAGAAGGCUUUCAAAGUGCAGCCCUUAAAGACCUGAAAGGCACGGAGAAACGAGACUCCUUGAUCGCAUCAGAGAAGAAAUAUCAGCAGGAAUGGGAACAGUUGCGCCUGUUCGAUGCCAAUCCACCGUCUAUCGUCGAUAUACCUCUCCAUUCCAUUACUGCUUCUGAGUUGCGAGAAAGGUUUCCAAAAUUUUUCGGAACCAUUGCCUUUCCUUACACAAAUGGACGCCUCCACGUCGGCCACGCAUUUUCUUUUAGUAAGGUCGAGUUCCAUGUCGGCUUCCUUCGCAUGAAGGGCAUCAAUGUCUUAUGGCCGCAGGGUUAUCACUGUACAGGUCUACCUAUCAAGGCAUGCGCCGAUAAGCUGUGCAAGGAGGUUGAAAUGUUUGGCCAAGAGUUUGAGAAAUAUAAGGCAGAUAAAGAUCCCGUCCCCGAGGCCUCCCCCUCGGUUCAGAAAGAAAGGGAAGACGUGACCAAGUUCACUGCCAAAAAGGGCAAGGCCGCUGCCAAGUCAGUCAAGAUGAAAUACCAAUUUCAGAUUAUGCAAGCCAUGGGUAUCCCAUUACAACAAAUUCAUCUUUUCGCUGAUCCGGCAUACUGGCUCGAAUACUUUCCCCCGCUCUGUAAACUUGACCUGAGCAACUUCGGUAGCAGGAUCGAUUGGAGAAGACAGUUCGUCACCACGGAUGCCAACCCAUACUUCGAUGCGUUUGUUCGUUGGCAGAUGAUCCGGCUGAAGGAGCUUCACAAGAUCAAGUACGGGAAGCGCCAUACAAUCUACUCCAUCAAGGAUGGUCAACCCUGUAUGGACCACGAUAGAAGCGAGGGUGAGGGCGUCAAUCCACAGCUGUACGUGGCAAUCAAAAUGCAAGUUCUCGAAUUCUCGUCAAAGGCCCAGGAGACGCUUCGAGGGAAGUUACCUGAAAUUGCCAAGGUAUUCCUCGUUCCUGCAACGUUACGGGCAGAGACGAUGUAUGGACAAGUUGCUUGCUUUGUUUCGCCCAAGGUCACCUACGGCAUCUAUGAAGCCGCCCCUAAUGAGUACUAUGUUAUGACAGAAAGGGCCGCCAAGAACAUGGCUUACCAGGAGAUAUUUGCCGAAGAAGGUGUCGUCAAGAAGACAUCUGAUAUCCGAGGUUCCGAUCUUAUUGGCACUCUAGUGAACGCCCCCCUCAGCUUCCACGAAGAUGGCGUUCGGGUUCUUCCCAUGGAGUCGAUUCUUGAGACCAAGGGGACGGGUGUAGUGACGUGCGUACCUUCAGAUUCUCCGGACGAUUACGCCACAAUUUCGGAUUUGGCUAAAAAGGCGGAAUAUUAUAAGAUCAAUAAGGAGUGGGCAGAGCUAGAAAUCAGACCCAUUAUCAGGACACCCACUUCUGAUUUACUAGCCCUCGAACUAGUCAAAAAGUUGAAGAUAGCAUCUCCAAAGGAUGCUAAGCAGCUAAAGGAGGCUAAGGAACUAGCAUAUAAGGAAGGCUUUUAUCAGGGUCAUAUGCUCGUGGGAGACUUUAAAGGAGAAAAAGUGGCGGAUGCGAAGCCUAAAGUUCGGGCGCAGCUAAUUGAAGCCGGCCUCGCCUUUGAAUACGCAGAGCCCGAGAAUAAGGUCGUCAGCAGAAGUGGCGACGAAUGUACGGUGGCUCUCAUGGAGCAGUAUUACAUUGACUACGGAGAAGAAUCAUGGCGUGCCACUGCGACCGAAUAUGUCGAGAAUAAGGAUGGAAAUGGUCUCAACACCUAUUCGAGCGAUGCCCGUAAUGCGUUCUUAGGAGUGCUUGACUGGCUCAAGCAAUGGGCGUGCGCAAGAACAUAUGGCCUUGGCUCACGGCUUCCUUGGGCACCGGAAUUUCUGGUAGAAAGCUUGAGCGAUUCAACGAUCUAUAUGAGCUACUAUACGGUGGCUCAUUAUCUCCACAGUGAUAUAUUUGGGCGAGAAAAGGGUAUCGGUAACAUUGCACCGGAUCAGAUGAUUGAUGAGGUUUGGGAUUAUAUAUUCUGCCGCACUGAACUUACGGAAGACAUUCUAGCCAAGUCAAGGAUUUCUAGGGAGACGCUCGAGGCGAUGCGCCGCGAGUUUGAAUAUUUUUACCCCUUGGACUUGAGAGUCAGUGGCAAGGAUCUUAUCAACAACCACCUUACCUUCGCUCUCUACAACCACAUCGCACUCUUCCCUAGAGAAUACUGGCCCAAGUCUUACCGGGUGAACGGUCACCUCCAGCUCAAUGGCGAGAAGAUGUCUAAAAGCACUGGCAACUUUAUGACUCUCGACGAUGUUGUAAAGAAAUUCGGUGCCGAUGCCUCCCGAAUCGCUCUUGCAGAUGCUGGUGACACAAUUUCAGAUUCUAAUUUCGUCGAGGAUGUCGCUGAUAGCACCAUUCUCCGACUCCAUUCUCUCAGAGAAUGGUGUGAGGAAGUGGCCCAAAGCCCAGAUCUCCGGGCCGAGAAAAAUGAUUUUGAAGAUGCACUGUUUGACAACGAAAUGAACACGCUGGUGCAAGAAGCUAAGCGACAUUACGAGGACACAAACUACAAAAUGGCUCUGAAGUCAUGCUUCUACGACCUCAUAAACGCCAAGGACAUCUACAGAGCAACUUGUGUGGCAGCUGGAAUCUCAAUGAACAAGGACCUAGCCUUCAAAUAUAUCAGACUACAAGCCCUAUCUCUCACACCGAUCGCGCCGCACUGGGCUGAGUAUAUCUGGCUCGAGAUACUUCAUGAAGCUCAAACGGUACAACUAGCUCGGUGGCCCGAAGUACCGGAAGCUAAUGCCAGUCUUACGGCUGCCCGCGCCUACGUACUAGCGACGCAGUCCAACAUUACGUCGGCGGAAUCGGCGCAGGUAAAGAAGAUGGCCAAGGGAAAGCAGAUUAGCUUUGACCCCAAGAAGCCCAAGAGGCUGACAGUCUAUAUAACUAGAGAGUUCCCUAAGUGGCAGAAUGAGUGCAUCGAAUUAGUAAAGGAGACGUGGGAUCUAACAACCAUGACGCAGAGGUGCACCGACAAGGAACUUAGCGGCCGGGUUGCCAAGAUCGGCAAAGUGAAGGAAGCUAUGCCGUUCGUACAGCGUCUCAAGAAGCGCCUUCGCGAUGGGGAGCCGGCUGAUGAAGUGAUGGAACGCAAGUUGGCUUUCGACGAGUCUAAGAUAGUCGUGGCUAUGGUACCUAGCCUUAAAAGGGUGGCAGGGUUAUCAGCCGUCAGUGUCUUGUUAGUAACCGAAGGCAGAAAGACGGGGUCUGAUCUCAUUCAUGGAGGUGAGGUGGACGUCAAGUCUCCUUUUGCGGAACAAGCAGUUCCAGGCCAACCGUCUUUCUUAUUCGAGAAUAUUGAGGCGUAGUAGACCGAGUAAUAGAUGGGUCAUUGCCGCCCCCCGAGCAGAGAUUUUCUGCAGUCCUCUGCAGGUUAUUAUAUUUACAGCUAUUCAAGUGCAUAUGCAUGCAUGUAUGUAUACAUGUUUGUGCGUGCUCUUUUCUCUCU